GAUUAUUUCCGUUCCCUUUUUCAUUAUUCAUAUUUUAGUAGCAGCCUUUUUAAAGUCCUAGCAGUUCAAAAUAUGGGUCUUUUCACCUGGAUAACAAGUGCAAGAUUCAGUCAAUGAAGUAGCAAAACUUGAUAAAAGGACAAUGAAUACCUUCACAACUACUAUUUAUAUGGCUUUUAUAGGCUUAGCAUUCACAGCAGGCGACAAGGUAGAAACAGCUAGAGUAAACACUCCUUCUGGUCCAAUAAAUGGACUCAAGACACAAAACAAACAUACCGGAAUAAACCUUCAUGAAUUCCGAGGAAUUCCAUUUGGCAAACCACCUGUCGGACCUUUGAGGUUUAAUAAACCAGAACCAGUCGACACAUGGACAGAUGUUCUUGACGCAACAGAGUUUGGGGCAGGAUGCCCCCAGACGGUUUCUGAAUACACUCCAGACUUUGCACCUCGUAAAAUGUCUGAAGACUGUUUAUUCCUUAAUGUUUAUGUUCCGGGGAGUCUAGAUGAGCACCGGAAAUUAUCCGUAAUGGUGUGGAUCUAUGGCGGAGGUUUCACGGCAGGGUUUUCUAGUCAGUAUGACGGAGGAUGGAUAGCGACACAAGGCAAUGUCAUAGUGAUAACAAUUAAUUAUAGGGUAGAUAUACUCGGAUUUUUUGCUCUUGACCACCCAGCUGCACUUGGAAACUAUGGUCUAUGGGACCAGAAGCUUGCUCUUCAAUGGAUACACGACAAUAUUGAAUCAUUUGGAGGAAACCCCGAUUCUGUAACCUUAUUUGGAGAAUCUGCUGGUGGAUGGAGUGUGUCUUUCCAGUCCCUAAUACCUUCUAACCAAGGACUAUUCCAUAGAAUAAUAGCACAAAGUGGUGUUGUUAAUAGAUUGAGUAUUAUGACAAAGAAACAAAUUAAUGAUAGAACCAUUGAACUGGCACAGAAGACAUCAUGUCCGAUCAAUGAUAUGUUUAAAUUUGUAAACUGUCUUCGAGAUAAAGACUACAGUGAACUACUGGAAGCCACUAAUAUGGAAAGUUCUAUGUCCCAAGAUAGAAUAGACACCUAUCAAACGCCAUAUUUUGCCGUGGUAGACGGAGAAUUGUUCCAUGAUCACCCAAUUACAAGUUUAGAUGACAAAUCAACAGACGUUGCAAAGUUUUUCAAGUCUCUAGAUUUAAUUACUGGAUAUACAUCAAACGAAGGACUUGUUUUAUCUUUUAUAAUUUUCCCAAAAAUGCAGGAAAUCUUUGAGUUUAAUGUAACUGAGGGAAUUCCAGCUAAAUUUAUUUGUGAGGGAAUGAUUGCUCCUUUUGUUGAAUUAUUUUACAAAAAUGAUACUGAUGUAAAGCAGAAGAUGUGUUCCUUUUACACAACUGAAAGUUCAAAAGAUGAUCAAAGCAUGAGAGCAAAUCAUUUAUUCGGUGAUAUCAUAUUCAGCCAUCCGGCAAUGGAGAUGCUUAGUUAUCACACACGUCUAGGGGGAAAGUCUUACCAAUAUUUGUUUUCCAAGGAAAAGCACAUAGAAUGGGGAUUUGCUCCGUUACCUGAGUGGGCAACAGGUUCUGGUCAUGGCGAAGAUCUUCAGUUUAUGUUUGAUAUGCACAUCGUCAUGCCAUCUCUAAACGAGACUGAGUUCACACCGGAAGAAAAAGAUUUAUCCGACAAGAUUAUUCAGUAUUGGACGUCAUUUGCAAAAACCGGGGAACCGUAUGGUGGUGAUGACGCAAUUCCAUGGAAACCAUUUGACCUAACAUCAAGAUAUUAUCUAGAUCUCGACACACCAAUGGCACUGAGAAGUAAUCUAAGUCCCAAAAUGGUAGAAUUCUGGUCCAAGGAAAUACCACCAAUAGGACUAGAACAUGUGGAGAAAGUAAAAAAACAUGACGAAUUGUAAAAACAGAUUAAGUAUUCUUGCGUUGUUCAUCACAAUCAAUUGGUGUUGUUGUAGGUUGUUUUUUUGUUGCAAUUAGACAUCUUUCUAUGCUUAUAAUCAGUCCAAAUGAAAUACAUUUAAUUAUUCCUGUGUGUGCGUGUAUUCAUGCAAACUACGUGUUUUACAACAAAAUAUGAUUUAAAGUUUAAAUUAACGAACGUCUGCUCAGUUUGAACAACACAAUGUAAAUAUUUAGUGUAGUGAAAGCUUUAUUUGUGAUAAACAAAUAUAUUCUUGUUCAUGUUUGUUCGUAUUCAAGUACUAGUGUAUUCUUCUCUCAUAUGACAGAGGUUUGCAGGGUUUACUUUGUUACUUGUACUUUGUUGAAGCCUUACGUCUCCCUUCGAAUUGUUGACAUUCAGUCUUUUUUAAGAUUAUCUUUACAAUGACCUUACCGUGAUCUGUAAUUUGUAAAUGUUGUCCAGAGAUAUGAGACAUCAUGAAUGCAAUGCAUUGAAAAAUGAAAUGAAAUGAUAAUAUGAUUAAUAGUUAUACCAGAAUUCUUUUUUAGUAGUAGGUCGACACGUGUGUAAAACAAAAUGUAUUUAAACGUUGGUUGAAAUUGGCAUGUAAAAUGUAGAAAUAAAUAUAUUUACAAUUCUUUUUCUAGAAGUCAACGGUAAGGUAAAAUAGUUUGAGAGCUGAGAAAAUAGAAACAUCUGGUUGAAUAUAGGGACUAUGAAUUGUUGGUGAUAACACUAUCGUCCAGAUGUCUUUGUAUAGUAGGUCUCACUACGUUUAUAUAAAUCCGCCUCUACCCUUUUUUGUUUUUCGGUCUGCACCCCAUUCUUUUGUAUCUUUAAUAUUGAAAAAAAGAAUUUGUUGAUGUCCUUCUUGCUUGUAUCCUUGUUGUAUCUAAACAGUAAAGGUUAAGAUGAAUGUCAUCGUCUGCUCUAUAUCUGCUUACUAAAUGAGUAUGAACAAUUAUGUUUAAUAAUUUUGAGAUGACAUUUUAGGUGUAAUAAUAUGAUUUGCUUAGAAUGUUUUGUACGGAAGCGUAUUAGCGCCACACAUUUUUUUUUUAUUUUUCUUCUUAACGCAAACCUUUUGCGUUAUUUCGGAUGUGAUUUACUAGUAGGUAAAAAAACGAAACAUACAUACAAGGCCAAAUCAUUAUAAUAAAUAUGCAUAGGAAUAAUGGAAUGCUUGAAGUGCAAUUAUACAUAAAUUAAGACUGAUUUGUGCAUCAGAAAAGUAUAGAAUUUAACAAGAAAAUAGAUACAGUUUAGUAUAUAGUCAUAUUUAAAUUGAAAGAUCAAAAAUAAUGUCAUACAAUUGUGAAACCUCCAAGUCAAAUAGACAAAAUGAUCUUUCUGCUUUAAAUGAAUUAUUAAUGAAGAAACAUUUUUCAGAAUAUGAUCAAGAUUCUUUGAUAGAAAGUCAAUGAAUUUUUAUUUCAAUAUAAUGAAGUAUUUUUAAGAUGCUUGGGUAACAAUUUGAAUAGAGAGAACAUAAUUUUAUUAAUAAAAUAUUUUCAUUCUAUACAUUUAUUGCCAAAGGGUAGCUUGUUUGAAUCUAACCUACUUUACACAGUUCUCAAACGAGAGCUUAAUUUGGAAGUAUAUUUAUAUUCGGUUAUCGCUAUAUUAGAAGGGUUGAUUUUUUUCUUAGGUAUAACCUCAAUUUACUCAAUUUUCUUUGUAAUAUAUAUACUAGUAGUAACAUGGAUAUCGUUUUUGGGAACCUUUAUAGUUUGUUGUU